AUGAUCGUUUCAUGGAACGUGAGAGGGCUAAAUAAAGCGGGCAAGGUUAGAAAGGUCAGCUUCCGUCUUCGAAACCUUGACCUUGCAAUAACUGUAUUAAUUGAGACUAGAGUGAAAAAGGAAAAGGUUGUGGGAAUUAGAAAGAAAUUAAAGAUGUGUGGUAGUUACAUGGAUAAUUAUGCCCAACAUGAUAAUGGCCAAAUUUGGAUCCACUGGGAUGACAACAGCAGACAGGUUGAAUUUGUUGCGAGCACGGAUCAAAUGAUUCACUGUAAGGUGAAUGAUGCUAAUGAUAAUUUCAUGUUCUGGAUGACGACAAUAUAUGCGCAAAAUCAACUGCAUCAUAGAAAGAAGUUAUGGCAAGACAUUGAGAAAAUCUGUGCAAACCAGACUGGGCCUUAG